AUGAUGGCACAGCCUGUGCCUCAUCAACCGAUAGAUCGGAAGCGAGUUAAGGUCUACGAACUCCGAAAUAACGACUGGUUCGAUCGCGGCACGGGCUUCUGCUCGGCUGCCUAUUUCGACGAUGGCGACGAGAAAGAACCGCGGGUGAUCGUUGAGUCCGAGGACGAGCCUGAGAGCGACAUUACUGACCCUGUCGCGCUACAAAUAGACACGCUUAUCGUCUGGACGGAACCGAGGAGCGGGCUUGAUAUGGCCUUGAGCUUCCAGGAGGCAGAGGGAUGCUUGCUCAUAUGGAAUUUCAUCAGCGAAAUACAGCAGACGAUGGGGGCCGCCAUGCCGGACGACAGCCUUUCGGACGACCUUGCCAUGGACAUGCCUCCGGCCAUCACGCUUCCUCCGGCGGACCUGAACAGCCUCCAGGAGCUGGAAAACAACAUGCGAAUUAUGAGCGCAACGGCUGGCGGACGCGAUGCUUUGACCAGAUGCAUCAUGUCCGAGGACUACAUUCGGAAGCUGAUUCCACUUGUCGAGAUGGCUGAGGACCUGGAGAGCCUGCCUGACCUGCACCACCUUUGCAACAUUGUGAAGAUCAUCCUUCUGCUGAACGAUACCAGCAUCAUCGAGCACGCCGUGUCAGACGAGUGCGUUCUAGGCGUUGUCGGCGCCCUGGAGUACGACCCCGACUUUCCGAGUCACAAGGCCAACCACCGGCAGUGGCUGAACAACCAGGGCCGCUACAAGGAGGUCGUGCGUAUCCAGGACGAGGUGAUCCGGAAGAAGAUCCACCAGACAUACCGGCUGCAGUAUCUCAAGGAUGUCGUUCUCGCACGCAUCCUCGACGACCCGACCUUUUCCGUGCUCAACUCACUCAUCUUCUUCAACCAGGUCGACAUUGUGCAGCACUUGCAGAGCAAUGGCGGCUUUCUCGGGGACCUCUUUGGCAUCUUCACAGAUCCGACAGAGGCCGUGCUGCGGAAGAAGCAGGCCGUGCUGUUCAUUCAGCAGUGCUGUUCCAUCGCCAAGAACCUGCAGCCGCCGGCCCGCAUGACGCUGUACAACAACUUCCUCUCGCACGGCCUUCUGCAUGUCAUAAACUUUGGCCUGCGAAACCCGGACGUGUCUGUUCGCGUCGGUGCUACCGACAUCCUCGUGUCGAUGAUCGACCACGACCCGCAAAUGAUCCGGCAGACGAUCUACCGGCAGAUGCACGAGCAGCAGGCGCAGCUGACCGACACGCUGAUUGACCUGCUGCUGGUCGAGGUGGAUCUCGGCAUCAAGUCGCAGAUCUCGGACGCGCUCAAGGUCUUGCUCGACCCCGUCUUGCCGAACAACCUGCCGUCGGCAGAGGCCAUGGGCGCCAAGAAUGCCAAUGGCGACGUGCAGCAGCGGAUGCGGCAGCAGCACAUGCUGCAGUCUGACCCGGUGCAGGACCGGUUCCUCGACCACUUUUACGAGCGCUCUGCCGCGAGGCUGUUCAAGCCGUUGAUCGAUCUGGAGAACAAGCGGGAGCUGAGCUUCUCGGUGCUCGACGAUGGCAUCUUCAGCUACCUGAACGACAUUCUCUGCUUCUUCAUCCGGCAGCACCACCAUCGGUUCGCCGUUCGCUUCUUCCGCCAGCUUGUCGCCAUGCGGGACGAGUUUUACAACCAGCACAUCAUGCACCAGCGACUGAUAGACCCGAUUUUAGACCUCGUGUCGCGGACGCUACCGAGAGACAACCUGAUCUGUUCGGCGGGUCUCGAGUUCUUUGAUUUCUUCACAAAAGAAGACCUUGGCGAGCUGACUAAGCACCUUGUGGAGGUCUACCGAGAGAAGCUGCAUGCGCUGAGCUACAUGCAGACGUUCAGCGACCUACUCGCUGGGAAAUACCCGCCAAACCAGGCGGCCAUCACGCAUGUCAACAACCCCGAUCAACCUCUGAUCACAGAUCAAGAAGAUGCGGCACAGUCGGCAAACGGGACAGGGCGGGCACUGAUGGAGUCCAUUGCUAUGGACCCGGACGAAGAGUAUUGGAACACAGACGACGAAGAGGAGCUAGAGCAGACUGCCAUGGCAGCAGCAGCGGCAGGCAAUGCUACUGGGCGGCCACUUACGGACUCGCCUAGUCUGAAACAGUUGGUCGAUUACGCAUCGGACGAAGAGGGUGAAGAUGACGAGGAUGACGAGGCAGAACAAGCGGAGGGUGGCAGCAAAGGAAAAGCGGAAGGCGAGGCGGUGGGGGAUCCAGACAAGGAGAACAGCCCAUCGCCGUCGAGUGGAUCUUUAGAGGCAGCGGUACGGCCGGCGUCUUCUUCGCCUGUCAGUGUGAGCAGCCGGCCACCGGAACGCAUAUCGGAGAAGCGACGGCGCGAGGAGGACGAGGAGGACGAGCUGGGGAAGCUGAUGCUGCAGAACAAGCGGCGCAACAGCGUGUCGGCGAGCACCAACGGGAUGGCGGCGCUGCUGCCGCGAAAGAGGAGCGUGUCUGCGGGUCGCGAUGUUGUGAACGGCAGCGGCAACGGCAACGGAGCGGCGACCGGACUGGAGCUGGGCAAGAAGAUUUCGAUAAACAUCACGUCGUCGGCGCUGAAGACGGCGACGACAGCAGAGGAUGAUGACAUGGCCUGA